AUGGUAAACCAAAGAGUUUGGUGCAUAAUCUGCAGACAUGUGGGAUCACGCGUGACUGUCUAUAUGCUCAUCACAACCGAGUUGCAAGGGAACCCGUCGCCUGAGAUACACUGUCUUCGAUUAGUUGAGAGCACCUGCUUCGACGUCUUUCGAGUGAUUGUGUGGAACGGAAAAAAAGCUGAAACACGGUGCUGUUUACUGUUCCUUCGCCACCAUUUCAUCGACUGGAGUACUAAUUUUUCGGUCCACCAGCCGAUUAUCAUUUCUUACCAGGUGAUCUGCUUUCCAGAAUCCGCCAAGGGUGUUAUUGAACCGAGACUCUCUAAGGUCACAGUCAUUGACUUGUGGUUGCUCUCCCGAAAAUUGCGUGCAAUUCGGAGUACUGGCUCAUUCGCUAGGCGCAGUCCCCAAGUUUCCAUCAACCUUAUGUUCUACUUGAACGCAAAUUGGACCGUUUUCGAGAAAUACACUCAUUUGCAGAUCAAGCGGGUUUUCACGGGAGACUCAACUGAACCUCUCGUUUAUGAUAUUCUACAACUGAAUAUGCUGCACACAGGACGCCUCAUAUUUCAUUGCCUGGAAAUAUCACAAACGAGAGAUUCAGCUGGGUUCCAGGUCCUGGAGAAAUACACUAAUUUGCAAAUCAAUUUGCUUUUCACGAGAGACUCAACUGAAUCUCUCGUUUAUGAUAUUCUACAAAUGAAUGUGCUGCACACAGGCCGCCUCAUGUUUCAGUUGGCACGCUAUUCGAGAUAUCGCAGUAUAUUUUCAUAA